AUGGGUGAGCGGAACCUGCAGCUGUCGCGCGUCACCAGCCCCAUUGUCAUCCUCCGGCAUGCGCAGACGGCCCCGAAAGUGGCGCCCGGCGCCAGGCGCAAGCCCGAGACCAUCCGCCUCAUCACCAAGAACCUCAUCCGGGACGUCGUUGUCCCCAAGGAGAACCCGGCUGCGUUCCUCAUCAUCGGCCAACAGGAUUUCCAGCGCAUCAAGGAUGCGGCUCGAGUGGUGACCAAGGAGCAGCAGGAGGCCGAGCACGCGGCCCUGAAGGCGCAGAAGGAAGCCCUUGUCGAGGCGGCGAACGAGCGCAGGAAGGCGGCGGAGCAAAAGGCCAUGCAGCAGCAGGCGGAGAAGGUCAGCGAGCUGGAGAAGGAGAAGGCGCAGGAGCGGGCGCAGCACCUGCAGCGGGCGAACAGGAUGCGCCUGGAGCAGGAACAGGAGAUCAAGGAGUUCAGCAAGCUGAUCCUGGACGCCAAGUGCCAGAUGAUCCGCGACACUCAGGUCCUGGAGAAGCGGCUGAUCGCCAAAGAGCUGGAGGAGGAAGAGAAGCGCCUGGCCAAGGUGAUGGAGGUGGAGAGGAAAAAGGCCGAGGAGAUGCAGGAGGAGCUGGAGCGCAGGAGGAAGCAGGACAUUAUCAGAGGGAGACAGGAGAUCAUGAAGCAGAUGGAGCAGAACGCGGAGGAGCAGGAGCUGAGGGAGGUGCAGCGGGAGCAGGAGAUGCAGGAGGUGCUGCAGCAGCUGGAGAGGCUGAAGAUGGAGGACCAGAAGGCCUUGAAGCAGAGACAGGAGCAGCAGAAGAAAAUUCAGGCCGAGAUUAAACGCAUCAACGACGAGAACCAGAAGCGCAAGGAGGAGCAGCGGGAGCGGGAGAGGAAGGCGGACGAGGCAGUGCUGGAGUACCAGCGGCAGAAAAUGGAGCGCGAGGCCAAGUUCGAAGCCGAGCAGGAGAGGAUCCGUCAGGAGAAGGAGAAGGAGCUUGUGCGCUUGAGAGCCAUGCAGGAGAGGGCCAGGGACAUCAAGGCAGAGGAGGAUGCACUCAAGGCCAAGCGCCACCAAGAGGCCGUGGAGCGCGAGUGGCGGCGCAAGGAGAAGGAGGCGGCGCAGAAGGCGGCUGAGAAGAACGAGAUGCUGAAGCGGUACCGCCUGGAGCAGAUCGCCGAACGGGAGCACGGCAUGGCCAUCCAGGCAAUGCAGGACCAGCUGGAGUUCGAGAGGCUCCUCAG